GUGACUAUGGAAGCUAAUGAUAAACGCAGCCUUUCAAUUAACGAAAAGAGUGUUGAAGGUGAUGUUAAUGUUAUUGAUAAUGUCGACGGGAAAAUCCAUGAUCCAGAAAAAAUUUAUGAAAAGAAAUUAGAUGAAGAUUCUCAAACUCUCAUGAUUUCAGCGGCCGUCAGUACAAGUGACAAUCCGACGUUACCGUGCAUAACUUUUCGAUUCUGGGUAUUAAGUAGU